AAUACUCACAGACAAACACGUGCUGAUUUCGGCCCGCACUUCCCAAGGGUUAUCCCACACAGUAAAUAAUACUGUAAAUGUUCUUGUCUUUUGGUGGUUUGCUGAAUACCAUUUUUUAGCCGAAAUGGCAAUUAAAAUGAAAGCUAAAAAGAAAAACAAUCAUAAUUCAAACUCAGGGAUUACAACAAGAAGGAGAGGUGGAGGCACAUUAAUAGAAAGCAGACCAGUUUUCUCAUCAGACUCAAAGCAUGUUUACCUGAACUGCGGCUGGGGUGUGAAAGUCUUUUCUGUCGUAACAGGUGAGUGUGUAAAAGCGCUUGAGGUCGAAAAUAAUGAAGGAAGAGUGAAGGCUGUCUUGUACUAUGACGGUCAAGCUGGUGCUGUCACUUCCGAUGGAAAAGUCACCUUCUGGAAGGCAAGCUCGUCAAAGGUUUCUUUUUCCUACAAUCUGCAAGUCAAAGAUGAUUAUACCGUAGCGAAUGCCUUUUUGGUCCGAUCAUUGCAAGACGAGAUGUGUGAAGAUAUGUGUGUUCUGUUUAGCAAAAAUAAAGCCAGAGUUAAGACUUCAGUUAAAUUCUACAAUCCGAGUGAUGGAACACUGAAAAACCACCCUCUUAACAAGCUCAUGAUGACUGAUUCUGUUUCGCCGCAUUGCAUCUCUUACGGAGGUUCUGAAAAAUGGCCGUUUAUUGCUUCAAUCAGUAGCAAUACUGUAAAUAUUUAUCCAUUAAAUGGACAACAACCCAUAUUAGGGAUCUCCCCAAUAGCAGGGAGAAAAUGGACUUGUGUCAGGUGCCAUCCUUGUGACGAUAUUCUUGCUGCAGGAGAUGAUCUUGGACGAGUCAUCCUCAUGAGGUCCACUCUGCCGAAAGGCGGCCCAAAAUCGGUUUAUCACUGGCACACUUUACCUUGCAAUGAGAUUGCUUUCACUCCAGCAGGUUCUUCGAUGUACACCGGUGGUGGAGAAAAUGUACUUGUUAAAUGGAACAUAGAAAACCCUUAUAUGCGAAAUUACCUGCCUCGCCUCUCCUCCCACAUUGUGUACAUUUCUGUGUCUCAUGACAAUCAACUGGUUGCACUCGCAACCCUGGACAAUGGUGUGCAAAUUGUAAGCUCGACAAAUAAACUGCAGUGUGUCCUGCAGCAGCUCUCCUGGUCUAUUCUGCCUUCAAACUGGCUCAAACCUUUUCCAGCCGGUCUCGUGUAUGACCCAAGGUCCCAGUCAAUUUUCUUAAACGGGAGGCCAGGUCAUCUUCAGCUAUACUCACCUCAGUCUGAAACCCUUGUUCAGAUUAUUGACGUGACUAUGCAUAAUUAUUUGACUCAAGAAAGAAACAAGUUAAUUGUCAACACUGAAGUAAUAAAAUGUGCUUUGAGUGACGAUGGUGUUUGGCUUGCUACAGUUGAAAUGAGGGAAGACAAGGAUGUUGCGACUGAAAUAAGAAUGAAACUAUGGCAAUAUUUAUUAGCUAAAAAAUGUUUUUCAUUAAAUUCGUCAAUAGAAUUGCCUCAUGAGGUUUCCCUUAAUGCACUAAUUUUUAAACCCGGUUUAAACCUUUUAACGCAAAAUGACUCAGAUCAGCCGCUUGAUUAUAUGGUUGUUACCACAGGCGGAGACAAAAAAGCACGUAUUUGGGCUCCAAAUCCGCUGGACAGCGUGUACCGGAAAGGAGUAAUUUGGGAAUGUAUAAACACAUGCCAUUACCGUGAAAUGGACUGUGGCCCUUGCAGUUUCUCUUACGACGGAUCACUCCUUGCUGUUGCUUUUGGUACUUCGCUUACACUGUGGGACGUUGAUAAUAUCGCUCUGAAGGAAUCGCUUUCUCGAGGAUCUGAACGUAUAAAGUUUGUUGAAUUUGGACGAAGAGACUGCUGCCAUUUAGUAAUGUCUACAACCCAAACUGAGGUCUCCGUAUGGGAUUUACUCACGCUUUCUCUCACUUGGAGUUUAAAGUUGAAUGUCGAUUUCCUUAUUCCUGAUCCUUUUUCAAAUAACAUGGCUAUUUUCACAGAAGACAACAAAUUGUUCAUCUUUCAUCCAACAAAAAAUGAGGCUGUUUAUGUAAAUGAGGAGCUGUGCACAUUGGGUACAAAAGCAGCAGCUGGUGUGUUUUUACCGAGAGACCUACUGAGAACUGAGGGAGCAUCAUGGCUUUCAAACUCACAACUUUUCUACAUCGACACCAACCAAGAGAUGCAUGCCUUUGAGUUCGAAAAAGAGUAUGAAUAUUCUGUAGGAGGAGCUCAACACUUUUCACUGGAUGACAAGACUGAGUCUCUGACUCCGUUUGGGUGUUUAUUGGCCAGUCAGCAGAAGACGACAGCCGUGCAGCGGAAAGCGUCUCAUGCUCCUGGUGGGAGGACAUUUGCCAGCAGUGCAGCCAUAAAUCAGCUGUUGAAAUCCGGAGCUCACACUCUGCCACCGAUGAGCUUGAUCUGCGGAGGACUUCUACGCACCCUCGUUACAUUAAAGGAAUCGGCUACCCAGCCGAACGAAAAACAGGCCGAGGAGAAAAUGGAAGUCGACGAAUCAUCGAGUUCCGAAGACGAAACAUCGUCUCCACGAUCUUCCAAAGGGUCCAGAGCUCCUCGUAGGAACGUCCGCAAACCGGAAGAGACGGUAGACUUGAACGCCCUUUUCCCCGAAGCCUCCUUCGACUUUGACAACAUCGAAGAAACGGAUCAAUACAUCAUUGACGAAGGCGGACAUUCCAAUGCCUAGUUGGCAAUUCUGUUAAUAUACUGUACUGUAAAUAGUGUAUAUAUUAAAUUUCACAAUUUAAUAAAAAGUGAAAGAAAAGAAAAAAAGAAAGUAAUGCAUUCUGUGAUAAGAUCCUAGGAAGGUAAAAUUUACGCGAAUUUUAUGAUAAUAAUAAUAAUUAUUGAAUACUUUUUGUUGAAAACUAAACUAAUUCCUAAAAUAGAAAUAUACGAAAAGCAUUAUAUAUUCCAAAUUUGUAUAAUGUACCAAUACCUUUAUUUAUAUUCCGUUAAAGAAGAUAAUAAGAAACCUUACUAUGUACUUAAGAAAUCAUGUUUAGACGCCAAAACAACAUU